AUGACUUUAAUGAACAGUCGCUCUCUUGGUGGAAUUCUCGUCUUGGCGGGUCUCGCCGCUGCCCAGGGACAAGGAGACGUCGACCCCUUUGCGCCCGUCUACACAAGCUGCCCCUCGGGCUUAGCGGUGCGGUCCGCCUCUGAGGGUCUCUCACGACCGGAAUUGUCUUGGCGAGUCAGCCGCGGUGAAAAGGUCAUUCCCGCGCUCGGCACUUACCUCACAUUCGCAAACAUCACGGGGUUCGAUGUUCAGGGCUACAUCCAGCGCCUCAACAAUUCCAAUUAUCCCGUUGUCGGUCUUUCCGUCUCCGGGGGAGGCACGCAGUCCGGUGUUGGAGGUCUCGGUAUAUGGCAGGCUUUCGAUGCCCGCAACCCUGCUGCCGUUGCCGCCCGUACGGGGGGUCUAACGCAGAUUCUCUCAUACAUCACUGGUCUAAGUGGCGGAGGUGCCUUGACCGUGAGCACACUAGCUGCCAAUGACUUCAUCACUAUAAGCGCCCUCAGAAAGCAAAUCAACUUCACUGUGGAUUAUACCGUCGGUCCUGACGGCAAUGUCACCACGUAUCUGACGGACAUCUUUGAGAAUGUCGGCGCGAAAGCAGAGACGGGACUCCCCGUCUCCGUCGCCGAUGCCUUUGGCCAGUUUUGGGCAACCUAUCUCCCAGAGAACCGCACUUAUGGCAACUACUCUGAUCUCGCUCGAUCCGGGACCGUCUUCUCUCUAGGCGAAGCCCCUAUGCCCAUCAUAGCUCUCUCCGAAGUCAUCCCUGGACAAUCGCCCCAAAUUGGCGGCAUCAUGUGGCCCGGAAGAAAUGAUACCAAUGGAUUCAAUCUGACGUCCUACGAAGUGACGCCCUUUGAGUUUGGAAGCUGGCGAGGUGGAAGAAUCCAGGCGUUCAUGCCGACUAAGUACCUCGGAACAUCCAUGUCCAACGGUACGGUCCAGAACAGCAGCGAGUGCGUUCAGGGUUUCGACAAGUUCACCUUCAUCCAGGGGUCCACGGCCGACGCUUUCGACGCUUGGUUCAUUGACGAGUGGUAUGAUACUCCAAUCUUUGCUAAGCGGGCACUCAAGACCGGGCCGCCAAACCCCACGGUCAUCGUGCCUCCCCCUCAAUUCGAGGACGAUGGGCGUGUGUUUCUCGUCAACCAGACCGCCGAGUCCUUCAAUCAGACAUUCAACGAGUCUCUGUGGGCCACCUACCCAAACCCGUUUGAGAAUUAUAACCCAGCCAUGCAGGGCAUCGACGAGCUCCUCCUCGUCGACGGUAGUCUCGGGGGAGAAACAAACCCCAUCCGCCCACUGAUCAUCCCCGAGCGCCAAGUCGACUUCAUCAUCGUCUACGAAGCCUCCUCUGACGCGCAGUACAACUGGGUCAACGGCACGAACCUCAUCAACACAGCGCAGUCGGCGGCCCAGGGCAACAUCCCCUUCCCGCGGAUCCCAGACGUUGCGACAAUGGUGACGAAGAACCUGACCAGGCAGCCCACCUUCUUCGGCUGCGACGCCGCCACAUCGCCGCCCACGCCCCUAGUCCUCUACCUGCCCAACUCGCCGUGGUCCGGCUACAGCAACUUCUCCUUCUUCAAGUCGUCCUUCACGGACAACGAGUUCGACCUCACCGUCGACAAUGCCUUCAACCUCGCGACCUAUGGCAACGGCACCGUCGACGCCGCGUGGCCCGCCUGCCUCGCUUGCGCGACGAUCCGCGGCAGUCUGAUCAGGGCCGGUCUCGACUUACCGGAGCAGUGUCAGGAGUGCUUCCGCCGCCAUUGUUGGAACGGGGAGGUUGCUACUCGGACAAUUACGGCGGACGACCUCGAUCCUAAACUGAGACUCAACUCGAGCCUGUCAUUUGCGGAGUGGAAUCAGACGUAUUGGAGCAGUCAGACGAGCACUGGCGGAAGCAGUGAAGGAGGAGGCAGCGGUGGAAGCAGUGGUGGCGGGUCUGGAGGUAGUGGCAAUGGUGGUAAUAACGGCGGAGGAGCUACACCCACACCCUCGGCCUCGGCCACCGCGAGUCCUUCUGGUGCAUCAAGCACGGCCGAACUUGCACAAGUCGCAGCCGCUGUGACUGUAGCUUCCUUCGUUGCUUUCAUAGCAUUGCUAUGA